CGGGAAGAGGGCGGGCCGGCCCUCGGGGCUGCCCAUGUGGCCCCCAGGCUGAGUCCAGGUGGGGUCUGGCCUCGGCCCCAGCCCCUCAGGGAGCUGGCCCCCUGCUCCAUGGGGUUGCCCCUGCCCAAGGAGAAGGGGCACAUUCUCUGCCUGUGGAGGAAGCUCUGCAGAUGGUUCCAGAGGCAGGAGCCAUGGGCCCAGAGGCGGGAUGAGCAGAACCUGCUGCAGCAGAAGAGGAUCUGGGAGUCUCCACUCUUGCUAGCCGCCAAAGAGAACAACAUCCAGGCUCUGAGCAAGCUGCUCAAGUAUGAGGCCUGUGAUGUCCACCAGAAAGGAGCCGUGGGGGAGACAGCACUGCAUGUGGCCGCCCUCUAUGACAACCUGGAGGCCGCCAUGGUGCUGAUGGAGGCUGCCCCGGAGCUGGUCAAGGAGCCCAUGACAUCUGAGCUGUAUGAAGGUCAGACGGCCCUGCACAUAGCGGUCAUGAACCAGAACGUGAACCUGGUGAAAGCCCUGCUCGCCCACGGGGCCAGCGUCUCUGCGAGGGCCACAGGCUCCGCCUUCCGCCUCUCUCCUCACAACCUCAUCUACUUUGGGGAGCACCCUCUGUCCUUUGCCGCCUGCAUGGGCAGCGAGGAGAUUGUGAGGCUGCUCAUUGAGCACGGCGCUGACAUCCGGGCCCAGGACUCCCUGGGAAACACAGUGUUGCACAUCCUCGUCCUCCAGCCCAACAAAACCUUUGCCUGCCAGAUGUACAACCUGCUGCUGUCCUACGACAGGCGAGGGGACCACCUGCAGUCCCUGGACCUCAUGCUCAAUCACCAGGGCCUCACCCCCUUCAAGCUGGCCGGAGUGGAGGGCAACACUGUGAUGUUCCAGAACCUGAUGCAGAAGCAGAAGUACAUCCAGUGGACGUGUGGACCGCUGACCUCCACUCUCUACGACCUCACAGAAAUCGACUCCUCGGGGGAGGAGCUAUCCCUACUGGAACUUAUCGUCACCUCCAAGAAGAGGGAGGCUCGCCAGAUCCUAGACCAGACGCCAGUGAAGGAGCUGGUGACCCUCAAGUGGAAGAGAUACGGGCGGCCGUACUUCUGUGUGCUGGCAGCCACGUACCUGCUGUACAUCGUCUGCUUCACCGUGUGCUGUGUGUACCGCCCCCUCAAGCCCAGGACAGACAAUGAAACUGACCCCCGGGACAGCACCCUCUACCAGCAGAAGCCACUUCAGGAGGCCUAUGUGACCCGCCAGGACCACCUCCGACUGGUGGGGGAGCUGGUGAGCGUCUGUGGAGCCAUCAUCAUCCUGUUCAUAGAGAUUACAGACAUCUUCCGAGUGGGGGUCAGUCGCUCCUUUGGACAGACCAUCCUUGGAGGACCAUUCCACAUCCUCUUCAUCACCUAUUCCUGCAUGGUGCUGGUGACUAUGGUGAUGCGGCUCACCAACACCAAUGGGGAGGUGGUACCCAUGUCCUUCGCCCUGGUGCUGGGCUGGUGCAGCGUCAUGUACUUUGCGCGAGGAUUCCAGAUGCUGGGCCCCUUCACCAUCAUGAUCCAGAAGAUGAUUUUUGGCGAUCUGAUGAGAUUCUGCUGGCUGAUGGCUGUGGUCAUCCUGGGCUUUGCCUCGGCCUUCUUUAUCAUCUUCCAGACAGAGGACCCCAAUGAGCUGGGCCACUUCUUCAAUUACCCCAUGGCGCUGUUCAGCACCUUUGAGCUGUUCCUCACCAUCAUCGACGGCCCCGCCAACUACGACGUGGAUCUGCCCUUCAUGUACAGCAUCACCUACGCUGCCUUCGCCAUCAUCGCUGCUUUGCUCAUGCUCAACCUCCUCAUCGCUAUGAUGGGAGACACUCACUGGCGUGUAGCCCACGAGCGGGAUGAGCUCUGGAGGGCGCAGGUUGUAGCCACCACUGUGAUGCUGGAGAAGAAGCUGCCGCGUUGCCUGUGGCCUCGCUCGGGGAUCUGCGGGCGCAAGUUCGGGCUGGGGGACCGCUGGUUCCUGCGGGUGGAAGAGAAACAGGACAUCAACCAGCAGCGUGUCCGGCGCUACGCCCAGGCCUUCUGCCACCCAGGCUCGGAGGGCAACAGGGAAAGACUGUGGCCGGGCAGCCCCUUCGGCGCCCGCCUGUCGCUUCCUACCCCCUCAGUGUCUCGAAGUACCUCCUGCAGCAGCAUCAACUGGGAGAGGCUGCGGCAAGGGACCCUGAAGAGAGAGCUGAGGGGGGUGGUCAACAAGGCUCUGGAGGACGAGGAGGGCUGGGAGUACCAGAUCUGA